AUGUUAUCGAUAAAUAAUUAUACUGACAUAAAACAUUGUGAAAAUAUUACAAGUGUUUCUUUUAGUGAAAAAAGAGGUGUUCCAUUAAGAAUUGGAUAUUCACUAAUGUCUAGUUUUGUAACUAAUUGUUUCGAGGUUAUAGAGUUUUCUAACCUCACAAAUAGUUUUAAUACAUUAACUAAUUCAUUUGUUGUAAAUAAAAAUCUUCCAUGUACACAAGUUCUAUUCCUUGAAAAUAAUACGCCAAGAGAUUGUUUAGUUGUAUGUGGAGAAAGUAUUGGAUUAUAUGCUAUUGAAGAAAAUAAAGAUCCAAUUCAAUCAAAUAAAAUAGUUGAUCUUUAUAUGUUUAGAGAUAGUGAUACAUUAUCUCCUGCUGUGGGUAUUGACCAAAUGAGGAAUGAAAAAACUAGAUUAGUUUCUUGGCAUUUAGAUAGUUCAAUUGACCUUUGGUCAAUUCAUAAUGAAGGAGUAUUUAUUAUAAGAAGUCUUAAAGUUAAAGAUUUAACAAGUUUAUCAUGUUCAUUGACAGAUCCUAAUUUAUAUUUUAUGAGUACAAAAAGUGGGAUCAUUCAAAGUGAUUGGAGAGAUGGAAAAAGUACUAUGAUUAUUAAAGAUGAAUAUCAAUAUAUAUCAACCAACAGUAUUGACUCUAAUAAACUGUGUUGUGCUAAAGCAAAUUCUAUUAACAUUUUUGACUUAAGGAAAACAGAUAAACCAAUAAGAGAUGUUUAUAUAGAAAAUCAAAUUGAAAGUAUUCAAUGGAAAAGUGAAAGUCUUUUUGUAAUUACUACCAAAGGGGUAAUAAUAAUGAAAGAACAAGAAAAUAAAAAAAUUGAAAAAAAAAUUCCAUUAGAAGGUUCUUUUGGGAUUGACCAAUCUAUUGUUUACCCGUCAUGGAUUUCAAUCUUUACAGAGAAUAAAUUAGUUCUAUGUAAUCUAAAUCAAUUAUAG